UAAGGAUGCUGUGUAAAGGAGCUAUGCCAGUUCCUGAUCAGCCUUCAUCCUCUGAAAAUACCACCAUGCUGAGCCCCGUAUUAAAUGCAUCCAAUGGAGAUGGAUCUGAGACUGAGACAACAUCAGCAAUCCUGGCAUCUGUCAAAGAGCAGGAGCUGCAGUUUGAGAGAUUGACUCGAGAGCUAGAAGCUGAACGACAGAUUGUUGCCAGCCAACUGGAGCGAUGCAAGCUUGGAUCUGAGACUGGCAGCAUGAGCAGCAUUAGUUCAACAGAAGAGCCAUUUCGCUGGAACACCCAAGAUGGCCAAAAGGACAUUGAAGAUGAGCUCACUACAGGCCUGGAGCUUGUAGACUCCUGCAUAAGGUCACUUCAGGAGUCCGGCAUCCUGGACCCUCAGGAUUAUUCUGCAAGCGAAAGACCAAGUCUCCUUUCCCAGAGUGCACUGCAGCUUAAUUCCAAUCCAGAAGGGUCUUUCCAGUACACAGCCAGCUACCAUAGUAACCAGACCCUUGCCCUGAGCGAUUCAUCAACGGCGCAGCUCCCCUCUCGCAGUGGUCAAGUUGGAGGUGCAGUUCACAGCUACAACCAGGUCACAUCUAGCCGUGCUGCCCAUUUAGCCGGAUCGGAACCUUCUCAUCCCCAAUCUAGAGAUUCCUUUGUUCCCAGCCAUGGAAGCGCCUUCCACUUGCCAGACUCGCAGCACACUUCAACAAUCUACUACUCCAGUUCCACCCUGCCAGCACAACGAGUGAGCUCUCCUUUGUCCAUGCAGGUGGGCUCACCAACUAAACUCCAGCGUGUGGGCUCAGCCUCUGAGAAUUCAGCUUACGCCACUACUCAGAGGGUCUCCUCCCCAAAGCAAUCUCCUAGCCGGCUGGCUAAGUCUUACAGUACCAGCUCUCCAAUUAACAUCGUGGUGUCCUCGUCCGGGCUUUCAUCUUCUCCCAUCAGGGUGGCAUCUCCUCCGACUGUUCAGACGGGCCAUUCCUCCUCAUCUCCAAUCCACCAGAUCAGCUCUACUGUUGGCAGCUACGCCACAUUGUCUCCAACAAAGCGCUUGGUACACACCUCUGAUCAAUAUAAGCACUCUCAUGACCUGUACGCCACUGCCACACUGCAGAGACCCGGCAGCUUAGCAGGAUCCCGGGCCUCAUACAGCAGCCAGCACAGUCACCUGGGCUCUGAACUCCGCACGCUGCAGUCCCCAGAGCACCAUAUCGACCCAAUCUAUGAGGACAGGGUCUAUCAGAAACCCCCUAUGAGGAGUCUCAGCCAGAGUCAAGGGGAACCAUUGCCACCUGGGCAUGUUGGCACAUAUCGUACCAGUACAGCCCCAUCCUCCCCUGGUGUUGACUCCGUACCCUUGCAGCGCACUGGCAGCCAACACGGCCCACAGAACACCACUGGAACGUUUCAGAGAUCCAGCUAUGCUGCGGGUUCAGCCGCCAAUUAUGCAGAUCCUUACCGUCAGCUGCACUACUGUCCCUCGGUGGAGUCACCGUACAGCAAGUCUGGGCCAGCCAUCCCACCGGAGGGAACCUUGGCAAGGUCACCUUCCAUUGACAGCAUUCAGAAGGAUCCCAGGUACGACUGUGAAUUCCUUGUGUGGAAUCAAAAUCAAGCCGAGCAAAGAAUCACAAAAGAGUUUGGAUGGAGAGACCCAGAGCUUCCCGAAGUUAUCCAGAUGCUGCAACAUCAGUUUCCAUCAGUUCAAUCCAACGCUGCUGCUUACCUGCAACAUCUGUGUUUUGGAGACAACAAAAUCAAAGCUGAGAUCCGGAGGCAGGGUGGAAUUCAGCUACUGGUAGACCUGCUGGAUCAUCGGAUGACAGAAGUUCACAGAAGUGCAUGUGGAGCUUUGCGAAAUCUGGUGUAUGGCAAAGCAAAUGAUGACAACAAGAUUGCCUUGAAAAAUUGUGGAGGAAUCCCUGCAUUGGUUCGGCUGCUGAGAAAGACCAAUGACUUGGAGAUCAAGGAGCUGGUGACAGGAGUGCUCUGGAAUUUAUCCUCAUGCGAUGCCCUUAAGAUGCCAAUAAUCCAGGAUGCCCUUGCUGUGCUGACAAAUUCUGUGAUCAUCCCCCACUCAGGGUGGGACUCCUCACCUCACCAAGAUGAUCGCAAGAUGCAGCUUCACUCAUCACAGGUGUUGCGCAAUGCAACAGGCUGCUUGAGGAACGUCAGCUCUGCCGGAGAAGAGGCACGCAGGCGGAUGAGAGAGUGCGAUGGGCUCACUGAUGCGUUGCUCUAUGUGAUUCAGUCCGCUCUUGGGAGCAGCGAGAUUGAUAGCAAGACCAUUGAAAACUGUGUGUGCAUCCUGAGGAACCUCUCUUACCGCUUAGCAGCAGAAACAUCUCAGGGACAGCAGAUGGGAACGGAUGAACUUGAUGGAUUGCUUUGUGGAGACGCCAAUGGAAAGGAUGUUGAGAGUUCAGGAUGUUGGGGAAAAAAGAAGAAGAAAAAGAAGUCACAGGACCAGUGGGACGGAGUUGGCCCUCUACCAGAAUGUGCAGAGCCUCCGAAAGGGAUCCAGAUGCUGUGGCACCCUUCAAUAGUCAAACCCUACCUCACGCUCCUGUCAGAGUGCUCCAAUCCCGACACGUUGGAAGGAGCUGCAGGAGCUUUACAGAACUUAGCCGCCGGGAGCUGGAAGUGGUCUGUGUAUAUCAGAGCUGCAGUUCGUAAGGAGAAAGGCCUGCCAAUACUCGUAGAGCUGCUACGAAUAGACAAUGACCGGGUGGUGUGCGCUGUUGCCACUGCACUCCGCAACAUGGCCUUAGAUGUGCGAAACAAAGAACUCAUAGGCAAGUACGCUAUGCGAGAUCUGGUGCACCGUCUACCAGGGGGAAACAACAGUAACAGCGGCAACAACACAGCCAGCAAGGCCAUGUCGGACGACACCGUCACCGCAAUCUGCUGCGCUCUGCAUGAAGUCAUAACUAAAAACAUGGAAAACGCCAAGGCCUUACGUGACGCUGGUGGGAUUGAAAAGCUUAUCGGCAUUGCAAAGAGCAAAGGAGACAAGCACUCGCCAAAGGUGGUGAAGGCAGCAUCUCAGGUCCUCAAUAGCAUGUGGCAAUACAGGGAUCUGCGCAACCUGUACAAGAAGGAUGGAUACUCACAAUAUCAUUUUGUUGGCUCAUCUUCUACAAUAGAGAGAGACAGACAGAGACCAUACUCAUCUUCUCGCACCCCAUCCAUCUCCCCCGUGAGAACCUCUCCCAACAAUCGCUCAGCAAGUGCCCCGGCUUCACCCCGAGAGAUGAUCAGCCUCAAGGAGAGGAAGACCGACUACGAGUCAACUGGAACAAAUGCGAGUUACCAUGGCAACAAAGGAGAGCACACUUCCAGGAAAGACACCAUGGCAGUGCAAAUCUCCAGUGGGACCUCAACAUUAUUCCGGAACUCCUAUGUCACUCCCAGUGAAGAGAUCAAAAACAACCAGGUGUCAUCUCAACCUGUUCCUCAAGAUAACGUCAGGAAAGACUAUGAAACGUAUCCACCAUUCCAAAAUUCUACCAGAAAUUAUGAAGACUCUUUCUUUGAAGACCAGGUCCACCACCGCCCGCCACCUGCCACAGACUACAAUAUGCAUCUGGGACUGAAGUCAACCGGCAACUAUGUGGACUUCUAUUCAGCCGCUCGACCCUACAGUGAACUAAAUUAUGAAACGAGCCACUACCCGGCCUCACCAGACUCCUGGGUUUAGGUCAAAAUUCUAAAGCAAAAAAAAAAUUAAAAAUACAACACAAAACAAAAACAAAAACAAAAAAAUUACCACAGAGGGGCCGUGCAUGUGCAUGCAUACCACAAGACAUUUUUAAGCAAGUUUAGUUUGUCAAAGUUUGUUCCAUAGAACGGUUCCUUUUAAAAGAAUAGAAAAGACAGGAGAGGGACACCUUGGGUGAAAACAUAUCGAAACAGUCGGUCGUAUGAGAUGUUAGGAGACCCGUUUAGUAGAAUCGAAAAGUGUGGCUUGUUAUGUCAAAUUGACAAAAUAUCGUUGUGGGCAGCAGUAAAGUCGGGGAUGGAAAGAGAGAGUGAGAGAAAAGAGAGAGGAAGAGGAAGAGGGAGUGGGGUUGGCACAGAAGAAGGGCGAUGAGAUGAGUACAUCAAGCACAAGAAUCGAACUGUUUACACAAGCUAUGGGGACAGCUUUUCACGUUUUGGUUAAUUAUCUUUUCUUCAUUGUGACUCAAAGCUUCAACUUGCAUUUUGGAGAGUCUUCUGAUUAAGAAGACGCUCCUGGCCUUUACUCUUUUACUUUUUUUUUUUAUGCUUUGUUGUAAAGUAUUUGAUGUACAUUACGGAGAUACAAGUGCAUUGUGUAUAUUACACGGAUGCCAGAGUGUCCCUUCAUCAGUGGCUCUAAAUAUUGUUUCCCGUUUUAAAAAAAAAAAAAAAAAAAAAACAUGGAAAGAUGUAUGAACUACCAACCUUUUCUUUCCUAAAAAGAAACUUAUGUUUUAACAGCAAGAAGGAAGUAUUUAGCAGUAUUGUUCGUUCUGAUAAUGUGAAGUUGUUUGUGGCAACUAAACAAAUGUUUUAAACAGUUCCAGACAGUUAACAGAACAUCAUUCCACUCUCCUUGUCAAUGAAGUGCUUUUUCACUGCCUAAACUUUUAGAUGUAGAUAUUUUAAUAGUUUUUUUUUAUUUUUAAUUUUUUUUUCUUUUCCUUUUUCACUUAUACCGGGUUUUUCUUUAUGAUGAUACAGUGUUAAAGGAUAAUAAAUUCAAAUCUGUUUGUCAUCCAUAUUUGCAUAAAACCUGUCUGUUCCACUAGUAACUCAAUUAUAUGUGCUUAUAUAUAUAUAUAAAUAUAAAUAUAUAAAGAAGAGGAGUAAAAAUGUGCCAAACUAUAUUAUCACUAGUGCCAAACUGGAGAUAAUUUAGAAUUUUAGUUCAAGUUUACAUUCAAUGGCUCGUUAUUUGUUCUCCUGAUGACAGAUUGUAAAUGAUGCUCUCUCUCUUUUUUUUUUCCUAAAUGUGUUUUAAUGGAAUUAAGCUAUAAUUAGAGCAUACUGGAAUAUUACCAGGAGGGCAAAAUCUUUGAGAGCUUAGUUCCCUCCAAAGAUAUACAGUUCAUUUCUCUCAAAUAGUGUACGCUGGGUGUCCAUGGCUGGGUGGAAUCACUGAUUUUUUUGAGAGACACUCUUUGCAGACGGGUACUACUGUUUAAAUUAAAAAACAAAAAAAAAGACAAGAAUCGUAUAAAAUGUUAAUAGAGAAUGGUAAAUAUAUAUAUAUAAUUUUUAUGUUUAAAUGUCAUUGUCACUAACAGCAACAAAGCUAUCAAAAAGAAAAAAAGAAAAAAAAAUCUUGUAACAUAGAACUUGUUUCACAUUUAUGUUCUGAUCCCAAGACACUUAAAGAUGUUGACCUCCUGGUCUGAAUAAUGUUGUUUCCAAGUUAUAUAGAUAAAAAAAAGUACUGAAAUAUGGGUGAUGUUCAGAUGCCAGGAAAAUAAAUUACUCUGUACAAUCUUAA